GUGAAUAACGAUGAAUUAAGAGAGAUAGUGGAAGCCGAUCCUAGUCAAACUACCCAGGAAUUACUAGGAAAGUCUGUAAUUGAAUUAGUCCCCACCAACAACUAAUUUCUAGAAAGAGAAGUAGAAUAUCUUCUAACAAAUACAAUUUGAAAAUAAGGCGCAAAGAGAUGAGGUGUCUUGAAGAAGAGUUAAUAAUCGUACCAGAAGUAAAUACCAAACCUGACGAUCCUUUGGUGACUCUAGGAUCACAACGAAAACAGUCAGGAGCACUUUAAACUGCAGAAAGUUCCUAUUUUGAUUCGCUACCAUCAAGUCCAUUGGUUGUUUCAUCUGUUUUGCCUCAGCAUGUUAUAAACCAUAAUCGAGACAUGACAUUGGCGGAAUUGUGUAAACGCAAAUAGGACAUGAAUAAAAAAAAAGAAGAAGUUAAUUUUAGUUUGUUUUAUUUAUUAAAAACGUUGGAUUUCCUUGGGUCUACUUCGCGUUUAUGUUUUGUGUCAUAAACAAUUAUAUUUAUAAAUGUUAAUUUAUGUGUAGUACACAGUAAUAAUAUAAAAUGAAAACAUUAAGUUUGUAUUGAAUAAUUAUUAAGUACAAUGUAAACAAGUGUAAUGUGUGUAUAUCGCUGCCACCCGCAGUCUUCAUAAAUUGAAAAAUGACUCAUAUCUGAUGCGAUAUUAGUUCACAAUUGAAUACCAAAGAAAAAUAGAAACUUAUCUCUCUCGUUACUUACGGAACUAACAGUGUUUGUGUUGUGAUGUGCUCGUUCAUACGUUUGGAACGACGUAUCUUUAAAUUAAAGGAACCUUUCUAAAUAAACGUAAGUGUUCAAUUAAUUAAAGCCUUUUGGAUUUAUUUACUCAACUAAAAGCCUUCAUGUUUCAUAAAAAUAAAUGCACUUGAUUGUUUUUAGAUUUUUUUAAAUAUUUUUUGUGUUUAGAUAUUCUUCGUUUCGUUUGAUAUAAUGUUUACAUAUAGUUACAUAGUUACAUGUUAAUCCCUUUUCAGGAACAUAAUCAGUCAUGACAUAUCCAAAUCAACCCCUACCACCAGCUCCAGUUCAGUCUAUGGGUUCAGCCAAUACUGUGUUCAUCACAGAAAUACGUUUUGAUUUAACUUACAUGAAAACCCCUGAAGGUGUCUUAAAAAUUAUUAUUAUUGUUUUAAGUUUGAUUGGAUUUAUAUGCAUACAGUCAUCAGCAUUCUGGUCAAAUGGACGAGGAGUUUACUUCAACAUAGUGGCCAACCUCGCCUUUUGGUCAGCGGGUUGUCUGAUUCUCUGCUAUUUGUUCCAUGUGGUAGAGAAAUAUCACAAUAUUAAGUGGCUCAAGAUCGAAUUAGUUGUGGAUGUAGUACUAGUAUUUUUAUAUGUUAUUGCGUCCACUAUAGUGGUUGCAUUUGGAUCAGCGGCAUAUUCAGCAGCUGGGUUCUUCGGGUACUUGACGAUGGUAUCGUGCGGGGCGGACGCGUUCCUGAAGGGUCGCGCGCUGAAGGCCGGCCGCUUGCCUCAGGGCCAGCGAGUUGUCGCCAAGCAGCCUCAUGUACUCACACCGCCGGCACUAACAUGA